GAUAAUGGUGUGCAAAAUUAUAACCCUCGCACUAAUCGCUCUAUCUGCCGUUGGUUGUGAUGCACUGGAGGUCAUUUCUAGUUCUAGUUCUUUAGGGAGCAGCGUGAAUUGUACGAAACCCCCUUCGAGUAUGAAUAUUUCCUCAUGUUGUCAUGUGCCAGUCCUGAUCACGCCGGUAAACUUGAGCACCUGUAACAAAACACACACACAGUGGCUGGCAGGUGGUAAGAAAACAGGCAUGUGCGGCUCUAGAUGUAUCCUUUCACAGCUAACGGAUGGUUUGAAUUCAACUAUGAAUUCUCCGCUCGCUACUCUGGAUCGAGUUACAUUGUACAUGAACGCCUUAUCAUCGUGUAUCGUUGGCACAAAUUACGAUCAGUUCGUCGAUAAGCUGAUGAAGAAUACCACAAAUCUCUUGGAUGCUGUCUGUAAUAUCGAUCUGCUGAGCACUGCAGACUGUUUCGGUAGAAAUCUUUUACUGGCUUGUUCAACCGUCAAUCGCACCAGUAUUUGCGUGAAUGAGAUCGAUUAUCUCAACACACCGUGUCCUUACAGCGGGUUGGUCUCGGAAUGAGUUGAGCUCAACUCCAAGGAACAAUGUUCUAAAUAGCAUUUCACAUGAUAAUGGUUUUAAAA